AUGGACAAGGAAGAACUCAAGAGAGUGCAGGAUGAGCGACAGGAAUAUGUUAAAAACCUGGGAAUAGAAUAUCGGUUCGGAUGCUAUGAGGAAAAGCGUCCCGAGUCCUGUCAUUUGUUAGCUGAGUAUUUCGAGGCCAUCAACUUGAACUUUAAGAAAGCUUUUGAUCUUCUGAAGUCUAAUUGUUUGGAGAGUGAAUAUCCUAAAAGCUGUUAUAAAUAUGGAAUGUAUGUAUUGAGUGGAAAAGAAUGUACUCCGAAUUUGAAGGACAUGAUCAAACCCAUGGAAAUCGCUUGUGAUGGUGGUGUACGUCAAGGAUGCAGGUAUCUCUCUCUUGUACAUUGGAACGGAGAGAAAGACAGGCCGGCCGAUUCUAAAAAAGCUGAAAAAUACAUGCAAAAGGCUUGUGAAAUGGACGACGGAGAGGCAUGUUGGUUGUUAAGCACUUGGUACAUGGGUAAUAAAGAAAAAUUUGUAACAAGUUCAAAGGGGGACGCAAAAGAGUUGGACCGCACAAGCCUAGGCUCGUUGGAGAGAAGUAUGGAGAAAUCGCUGCUAUACGGUAUCAAGGCUUGCGAGAAUGAUAUUCCCCACAGUUGCGCCAACGUGGCAAGGAUGUACAAGCUUGGUGAUGGCAUAGAGAAGGAUCCAGAUAUGGCAAAGAAGUAUAUAGAUAAAGCUAAAGAAGUUAUGGAAGCGAUGAAGAAUAAAGAGAACUCAGCAGGAUUCACUGGUUAA